AUGCUCAAGCCCCCGCCGAUAAGGCCUUGGACAUGCGCCAGAUGCAUCCGACAUGAACAUCGUCGCCGUCUAGCUACCGCCGCUACUUCCGCGACCACAUCUUCAUCCACUUCCGCCCCGCCGCCGCUUGCGUCGCACCGAGAUCCUCAGACGUCGCACCAGGAUGCCACUCUACGCCAGAUCUUCGACUCACAGCCCUUCUGGAAGGACUUCUCAGCCAGGCAGACACAUCCAUCCCGACAAUCAGUGGGACUCUUCCAGAACCGCUACCUCACGAGACCCGAAGGCUUCGAACACUUUGCUUCCAUCACCCUAGCAAAAUGCAAGCGCAUAGUCACGAAAGUCUUGGCCUAUAAUACUACGGAACAGUACAAGAGCAUUGCAAAAGAUUUGGACCGUUUGAGUGAUUUACUAUGUCGCGUAAUAGACUUAUGCGACUUUGUUCGCUCGACCCAUCCGGAUCGCAACAUACAAGCUGCUGCUGCUCAUGCGUAUGCUCAGAUGUUCGAGUACAUGAAUGUCUUGAACACAACUACUGGAUUGAACGAUCAAUUGAAAGCUGCUCUUGCUCUUCCUGAGGUUACCGCAUCAUGGAGCGAGGAGGAACUGACUGUCGCCAACAUUCUUGCGAGAGACUUUGCAAAGUCAGCCAUUGACCUCUCGGAUACCGAUCGUCAGGCAUUUGUCGAGCUUUCUAAUGAGAUUGCUGAAAUCGGUCCUGAAUUCGUGGAUCAGAUGGUUCCGCAAACACCACUACUUAAGCUUCCGAGCAGCAAGUUGAAGGGAAUGGAUCCUUUGGUAGUACGCCAAUUGACUCGUUGGGGAAGUGUCUCAUUACCCACCAUCGGCAUGCCCGCUUCUCUAGCUCUACGCACAGUAGAAGAUGCAGACACAAGGCGAGAGAUCUACAUGGCCAACCGCACAUCAGCCAAAGCAAACAUCGAGCGUCUGGAACACUUGCUGCAUCGCCGUGCUGAACUUGCACGUCUGUCCGGUCACGAUUCUUUUGCUCACAUGGCCCUUUCCGACAAAAUGGCAAAGAGCCCGGAAGCAGUAGUCAAAUUCCUAGACGCGCUGGCCGCCGACAAUGCACCAAGAGUACAGAGUGAGAUGCAGGAGUUGCUCGAGAUGAAGAAAUGUGAUGCUCGCAUUGGAAACUUUCCUGACAACUUGAAUGCCUGGGAUAGAGACUACUACCAACACCAACUCCUCCAAUCGAUGCGAUCUAAAACGCGCACCCCUGAUGUGCUUUCCGCAUACUUCUCUCUGGGCACAGUCAUGCAAGGGUUAUCACGCCUCUUUCACCGUCUCUAUGGUAUCCGUCUUGUUCCCAAGGAAGCUGCACCUGGAGAGACUUGGAACAACGAUGUUCGCCGUUUAGACGUUAUAGACGACCGCGAAGGCCAUGUAGCAGUAAUCUACUGCGAUCUCUUCGAGCGAGCCGGAAAGUCUCCCAACCCUGCUCAUUUCACCCUCCGCUGCAGUCGCCGAAUCCUCCCCGAUGAAUUGGAAGAAGCAGAAGCUCUACGCAACGCCACCGGUGUUCUCUUUGAAUCCGCACAAGAAGCAGCCACCGAUGGUCUAGCCGCGAAUAAAUCUCGCCGCGAUAACGACGAGUUGUAUCAGUUACCCACCAUAGCACUAAUCUGCGAUUUCGCCAUCCCAGCAGGUAACGCCACAAAAAGACCAGCCCUGCUCACUUUCAGAGAAGUGCAAACGCUGUUCCAUGAAAUGGGUCAUGCACUGCACUCCAUCUGCGGCCGCACCGCGCUUCAAAACGUCUCUGGAACACGCUGCGCCACCGAUUUUGCAGAAUUGCCAUCAGUGCUGAUGGAGCAUUUCGCUUCCGCGCCCGAAGUGUUGGAUCUCUACGCCCGUCAUUGGGAAACCGACAAACCACUAGACACGUCCAGAGUUGCCGAAAGAGUAAACCUGGAUACGUAUUCCCAGGGCUCGGAAACGGAAGCGCAGAUUUUACUCGCCAUGUUGGAUCAAACGUACCACAGCAAUUUACCUCUAUCCCCAGGCUUUGACUCUACACGUACGUAUCAAGAUGUGUGGGGUAAAUAUUCCUCUCUCCCCGAGCCCGCUGGAACGUCCUGGCAAGGCUUUUUCGGCCAUCUGUUUGGCUAUGGCGCUACUUAUUAUUCAUAUCUCUUUGAUCGCGCUAUUGCUGGUAAGAUAUGGAAAGAUGUGUUUAAGAGGAGUGAAUUGGGAGCUGUGGAUCCGAGUGCUGGAGAGAGGUUUAGGGAUGAAGUGCUCAGGCAUGGAGGAGGCAGGGAUGGGUGGAAUUGUGUGGCUGGGGUGUUGAGGGAUGAGAGUGGGAAGUUGGCGGAGGGGGGUGAGGAGGCUAUGGGGAUGGUUGGGCAGUGGGGUGUUAAGGAUUAGAUGGGUGGAGAUGUUGGGAGAAGAUGGCGGAGGUAGUG